AUGUUGCGGUUGUUAUUCCUCAGUUUUUUAGUAACAAUACCAACAUUAUCGUUAGAUAAUGGACUGGCGAGAACUCCACCAAUGGGAUGGAUGUCUUGGGCAAAAUUUUUCUGCGAAGUCGAUUGCCAUCGACAUCCAUUUUCGUGCAUCAGUGAACAGUUAUAUGCCAGUAUGGCUGAUCGACUGGUGGCUGAUGGAUAUGCUGAAGUAGGCUAUAGAACCAUCCACAUUGAUGACUGUUGGACGGAACAUCAAAGAGAUGCAUAUGGAAGACUCGUAGCAGAUAGAAGGCGAUUUCCAAGUGGAAUUCCUGCGCUAGCUGAAUAUAUGCAUAGACGAGGCUUGAAACUCGGUAUAUACGCAGAUUAUGGCACAAAAACUUGUGCAGGGUAUCCAGGAAGUUUAAAUUUUUUGAAAAUUGAUGCGGACACGUUUGCAAGCUGGAAGGUCGAUUAUUUGAAACUGGAUGGUUGCAAUGUAAAUGUGGGAUUGAUGCAGUACGGUUAUCCGGAAAUGGGACAAUAUUUGAAUCAAACUGGUAGACCAAUUGUUUAUUCUUGUAGCUGGCCAGCAUAUCUAAUCAACCGUCCUAACUUGGUUAAUUAUAACGUAAUAGGUCAACAUUGUAACCUUUGGAGGAACUUUGAUGAUAUUAGCCGCUCUUGGGCUUCAAUUAAAUCAAUAAUUGAUUAUUAUGAUCAUAAUCAAAAUAAGCACAUUCCGACUCACGGACCAGGAAGAUGGCAUGACCCUGAUAUGAUAAUAGUCGGAAAUAUGGAACUCACUGUUGACCAGUCGAUGGCUCAAAUGACAAUUUGGUCAAUUUGGUCAGCUCCCUUGAUUAUGUCUAACGAUCUGCGGUUAAUCGCGCCUGUCUUCAAGAAUAUAUUGCAAAAUAGACGUGUGAUUGCUAUUGAUCAAGAUCCAUUAGGUAUAAUGGGACAGCUUGUGGCCAACACUAGUGAUAUUGGCCUUUAUGUGAAACCAGUGACGCCUGUUAUUCGAAGAUCAAAUCAUUAUUCUUAUGCCGUCGCACUUUUGAAUAGGAAUCUGGUCUCUCAGAUGGAUGUUAGUUUUAAAUUAGAAAAAAUUGGUUUGACAAACCCAGGUGGCUAUUUUGUUGAAGAUCUCUGGUCGGGAAAGCAGAUAGGAUUGAUGUUGCCAUCCAGCACUUUUAACGCACGUGUUAAUCCAACCGGAGUUGUUUUCAUCAAAGCAACCGUAGCUGCUCACUGA